AGGGACUUUUAUAGGUAAACCCAUAAAAUUUAAAGGCCAAAAAGUUCAACUAAAAUUGUUCAGGGGGUUAAACGAGAUCUGGUGAAUAAAAUUAAAAUUAGGGCUGAAGAAGAUCAGUACUCCAAUAAAACUCGAAACCAGUUCCUUCCCCGCCUGCUCCCAAUCUUGUUGCCGGAGUUGCUGCCCAGCUUACCGCUCGUUGGCCUCUCUCUCUCAUUGCCUGCCAAUUUGGCGGCGGCGGAAUCCUUCACUUUCCAGCUCCGCUGUUGCGGAUGCAUCAAUUUUCAGUCCGGUCCAGCUCCAGUGAACUGAUAAUCGAGUCUGGAGUCUCUGCACCGAUUAGUUUUCUCUUAAAUGGAAAAUGUGAUGGUGGGAAGCCAUUUUCACGGUUGUUCGUCGAUUUCGCAAUCAACCUCUAGAAUGAAACUUGUCUGAGGGUUGGAAUAGCGUUUCCCUCGGUUUGAGGUAGAAGGAAAUCUCGAAUCCCUAGCCCAGAAAGAAAGAAUCAUGAACAACAGUGAGAAGAAGCGGAUGAACGGUGAAGCAGAAGAAGAGAAUGAAGAAGAUGUUGAAGAUGAAGGGCGUGAUGCGUGGGAGAGGACAUACACAGACGAGAGAUCAUGGGAGGCAUUGGAAGAGGACGAGUCAGGACUGCUUCAACCUAUUGAUAACAAGGCAAUCUACCAUUCUCAGUAUCGUAGACGCCUUCAAUCUCUUUCAGCCACGUCCGCUGCAUCGAGGAUCCAAAAGGGGCUCAUUCGGUUUCUCUGCGUCGUGGUCGAUCUUUCCAAGGCAGCUGGAGAGAUGGAUUUCAAACCCAGUCGGAUGGCUGUGAUUGCAAAACAUGUUGAGGCUUUCAUUAGGGAGUUUUUCGACCAGAACCCACUUAGUCAGAUUGGUCUGGUGAUUAUAAAAGAUGGGGUAGCUCAAUCUUUGACUGAACUUGGUGGGAGUCCAGAGGCCCAUAUUAAGGCCUUGAUGGUUAAGUUAGGUUGUGCAGGGGACUCGUCACUCCAGAAUGCUCUCGAACUUGUCCAUGACACUCUCCAUAAAAUCCCAUCAUAUGGUCACCGUGAAGUUCUCAUCUUGUAUUCUGCACUCUCAACCUGUGAUCCGGGUGAUAUAAUGGAGACUAUCCAGAAAUGCAAGAAGGCUAAACUAAGGUGCUCGGUUAUUGGCCUCUCUGCUGAAAUGUUUGUGUGCAAACAUCUUUGCCAGGAAACUGGUGGGUCAUACAUGGUUGCCUUGGAUGAGGGUCACUUCAAAGAGCUCUUACUAGAGCAUGCACCACCUCCUCCUGCCCUUGCCGAAUUUGCCAUUGCAAACUUGAUCAAGAUGGGUUUCCCACAAAGAGCCGCAGAAGGUUCUAUAGCAAUCUGCUCCUGCCACAGAGAAGCUAAAGUAGGUGAAGGGUAUAUAUGUCCAAGAUGCAAAGCCCGUGUAUGUGAACUGCCCACAGAAUGUCGUUUCUGUGGAUUGACACUUGUCUCAUCACCCCAUCUAGCUAGAUCUUAUCAUCAUCUUUUCCCAAUCGAGCCAUUCACCGAGAUAUCUGCACGUCAAUUUGAAUUGAGCAGAGUAGCUUCAAAAACUUGCUUCAGUUGUCGAGAGAGCCUUCUCACUCCUGGUACUAACAAGGCUGGCCCUUGUGCGGCUUGUACAAAGUGCAAGCAGUAUUUCUGCCUUGAUUGCGACAUUUAUAUUCACGAGAGCUUGCACAACUGCCCUGGCUGCGAGAGCCGAAGAAUUACCCCAGCGGCUGCCUCUGCUACUAAGAGUUGAUAAACUUGUGCAUAUUCUCAUUCCAGGACUUCCAGUUAUAGUGGGUUCUCGAUACAUUGAGAAGGUAGAGUUGUAAGAUUGGUAGUGGAGCCAUGACAAACCCAUAACCCACUACAUCCCAACGGUCGUCGCAUCCGCAAAGAAUGGUUGGAGUGAAACCAAUAAUGACCAAUUCUAUCUUCGCUUCCUUUAUUCUUUGCCCCACUCAAAGGUUCAACAACGACCCACGUUUUACUUCACCCUUCUCAGGAAAAAAAAGCAAAAGAAAACUGUGCCUAUAUUCCGUUGUUGCCAUUGCCACACAGAAACAGCCGAAAGAACUCGUCUUUCGUUCCAUUAUUAAAGAAAACCAGCCAAACCCAAAACUCUUCCUUUUGUUAUCUAUCUCCCCCCCCCCCCCCCCCCCCCCCCUUUGUCUUUAUUCAUCAAUCAGUCAUCAGACAAGUGACUUGCCGAAGUUGAGCCAUGGAAGAGGUGGUAGUAGAGAACAAGCUUAUUCAAUCAAAUCAAACAAGUGCUGUGAUUUCUCAGCUGGAAUCAACCGUGAAGCAGCAGCAGCAGCAGCAGAGUUCAUCUCUGGAGUCUGAUGAAGUGAUCAGCAGUGGCGCCAGAGAAUUGAGCAAAAGCAGCGGCGGUGGUGGCGACAACAUCCCCGUUCUUGUUCCCCUCCAAGUUCCCAAGGCUUUCAAGUACCCAGAAAGGUACAGGAGUCCGACUGAUGCGAUGGUUUCUCCGAUCACGAGAGGGCUUAUGGGAAGGAAAAGAAGGGGCGGUGGGGAAGGAGCUCCAUUGCCUUUGCCGCCCAUCGGCACAAAUCUGCCCCAAAAGCUCCAGGCGGCAGACUAAAGUGCAGAGCUUCAAGUGGAUUCCCUUCCAAAACUAAUGGCGGUUUGUAAUUUAGCAUAUAUAUGCGUUGUAAAUUGUUGUAACAUCUCUGUUGUGCUCCCACUUUUGGUUAAUGGGUUCAUUUAUCCCUUUUUUUUCAAGUUGAGGUUUGGCAAGCUUGUCUGCUUAGUUCUUGCAAACUAGUAACAAUGUAUCAACUCUUAUGAUCACGUACAUUGGUAUUUCUAUAUGCUAAUUAAGAGUAAUUAUGUUUUUUUUUUUCGCAAAGUCAGUGUUGAAAGAAAGUCAUAAUGAAGAAGAAAGAAAA